CCCAGCCUGGAGCCAGCAGAGGGCGGACAACGGCCGGAACAAAGAUCCGCAAGGGUCCAAAAGAUGACGCGCGCGGACGGAGAAAGUGCUGGGUACGAGUACUCUACGGUAUUUUUAUUUUAUUUUGUUUUCCUCUUCCGGGCGGCACCAGGCGGAGGUAGCUCCGAUGGCUUGAACAGCCGCAUCGACGCUAGACUAGGUACGCAUGCACGCACGCACACGCAUGAGCAGGGACGCAGGGACUGAUUGGGCUGGGUUGCGCUUUUGGAUACACGUGAGACCAGGAGCCCCUCUUACAGGCCGAGAGGGCACGGAGUUGAGACCCGUAGACGUUCGAGGUUAGACUCUAGUAUGUGUCACGGGGGGUGGUGGUGUGCCUGGCUGACUGAUUGGGAGGGGCAGUGCUGGGAGUGCAUGUGCGUACGGAGUUUGCUCCCGUAGACGUUCGAUGUUGGCAGGGAAUUGGGGAGGGGCUAGGGAUGGUGGUGGUUUUGGGUGAGCUAGUAUGUGUCAGGGAGGUUUUGGUAGAGCUGUGCUGGGUCGUGCUGAGUUUGAAAGGGAUUGAGAGAGGAAGAUCAAUAUGGAAGUUGUGUAUGAACUGGCGGACUGCACGUGGAGUUCGCGUUGUGAUGGGAGGUGAAGUGUAUGCCAAAUUUCCUGGAAAAUCAGACAGCUACGGCUUGAGGCUCAAUCGCGAGUGUCAGGGGAAAUCUGCCAAGGAGGACAAGGCAGC